GAAGGAAGUGAUUCCAUAAUGGGCCAGAACGAAUAUUUUGAAACUGUUGGAAAUGCUGGGCUGGGCAAUGCAAUGGACCCUGGAAAGACAGUAGAGACGGACACCAAUUCUGUGAGAGGUAGUAAAGGAAAGCCAGACUUGUCUAGUACAGAAAUGCCUCUCAUAUACGAUACGAAGUGGGAGAACUCUAGUGGGAAGUCGAUACUGUUUUCAAAAUCGGCGAUUGAGACAAUACAAGGGCUAGAUCACUCUCCAAUAAAAAUCCAAGUUUGCCGAUGCGCUACAGAUAAUGAAGAAGAGAAAAAAAAUAUUUGUGAACCUCUGGGCUACGCGCAAGUUCGACUUCCAGACCACUUCAGUCUUUCCGUACUACAAUCCUGUAAGUCAGGAGUGAUUCUCCCUGUUUCGUGCAUACAUAGGGAUUCGUGUGUACUUAAAAAUGUAUUCGGAGUGAAAAAAGGAGAGGUGCAAGUUUUUGUGAGGCUGUCAUGUUUUGGAACAGUAAUCACCACAUCCUUCCAAAGUGUUGGCCGAGAUCGACGAUACGUGUUUAAACCGAGUCCCCAACCCGGUGUAGAAAUAAAAGAAGAUUCGGAGAUCAACCGUGAUAACUUAUUGAAACCGAUAGUAGCUGAGGAAGAAGUUGCAGUUGGAAUAACUAUCCUUAAGGACAAGGAUAUAUUUCAGAAGCCUGUUGUUUGGAGAAAUAAUAACCAAAGUGUUGAAGAUACGGAUAUAGAUUUUCUCCCAAAAUUCAACCAAUUCAAAGACUAUUCUCUGAGAAUGCCUCGUGCUAGCGAUGCUAGUUUGUGCAGGAAUGCUAAUCCACCAGGAAAGAAGAAAGCAUUCUGCGACUGGCAUGAUUUGGUAACCAAAGAGGUCAAGAAUAGUCUAAAAAAUAAUUGUGGAUGUCGCGACGGGAUGACAUUUCAAACAUUCGAUGAAACAUGUCCAAUAAGUGCAGUAACAAAAGAAUCACCGCAUGGAUGCUCACCAAAAGAACGAAAAAAACUUUCAGAUAAUACAGCAAAACCAUCACUAAUGGAAAAACUACUAGGGUCGCCAAGACGCGAAUCUUUCCCAGGAGUUAAAAAAGUGUCAGAAGUUCCUAUGAAACCAAUCACCGGAUCGGGAAUAUCGUCUGAGCCUACAGACUGUGACUGUGACUGUGAUAGAAUAAAGAACACUCUGGCAAUGAAUCCCAUGAUGAAAUACACUUGGCAAGUAAAAUGAACAUGUAAGCAAAGUAGUCUGGCAAGAGUUCAAUAUAAUUCAUGGAUAAUACAUUACUUAGGACACUCGA